AUGUCCAGCCGGCAUAAGGAAAACCUGACAAUUAUCGUCGGUGCAGGCAUAGUUGGUUCCUCACUGGCCCACUUCCUUUCUGAAUCAUCGCCAGAAACAAAUGUCCUUGUCCUCGACCGCUCUCUCAGCACCAUUGCUGGCUCGACAGGCUACGCUCCAGGUUUCAUCGGCCAAUAUAACGAAAAGUCAUCAUUGACCAAACUCGCUGUUGAGUCCGUCAAAGAGUAUACAAAACUCAAGACUGGAUUCGCUCGUGUUGGCGGCUUGGAAAUAGCGUCUACGGUUGCCGGUAUAAAGAUGCUGCAUUCGAGACUCGGAGCAAGUAAGAAAGCAGGACUGCCAGCACGACUGCUUGAUGAGGCAGAGAUAGAAGCAUUGGUACUUCCAGUUGCUAGUCCGGCUGUAGGGACUAAAGCGUUGUUCUUCCCUGCGGACGGUGUUGCAGAGCCCAGGGUGCUGUGCUCCGCAUAUCGCAGGAUGGCAUCGAGCAAUGGUGUGCUUUUUCAGGAGGCGGUUGUCUCGAAGGUCAUUGUAGAGAAGAAUGCUAUUACAGGUGUCGUUCUUGAGAAUAGGGACACUAUCUCAUGUCAGAGGCUUGUGCUCGCUACUGGUAUCUGGACUGCUUCACUGCUUCAGGAGUCGGCCGCUAUCCCUUCUGUCCCCGUGGUGCCAGUCAGCCAUCCAUACGUCUACGCCAAGGACAGGGAGCAUGAUGUACCGCCUACGCCAUUCAUGAGAUGGCCUGAAUCUCAUGUCUACUCGCGAGAUCAUGGAUCUCGGUACGGAGUAGGGACAUACGAUCACGCGCCUCAAAAGGUCUCUUCUCCAGGAUCUACAGCAACGGUCCCAUGGUCAGGCGAAGUCUUCAAUUCCGCCAUGAGACGAGCAAUCUCCGAUCGAUUCACACCCGAAGCAGGGUUUAAUGAAGAGAUGCCUUUUGGUGCAGAGAAGAUUGGAGGUGUGUUCUCUGUAACGCCUGAUAAUAUGCCUUUGCUGGGUCCUGUAAGCGGUGUGAAUGGGUUGUGGAUGGCUGUUGCUAUAUGGGUAACGCAUGCUGCUGGAUGUGCAAGAUUGCUCGACAGGAUGAUGCUAGGAGAGGGUCAUGACGAGGAUAUCGCGAAAGAUUUGGAUCCUACGAGGUUUGCUGGAACAGAUGUGGAGGAGCUUGAACAAGCCGCUCUGAAACAGUAUAACGAUAUCUAUAGCACUGAUCACUAG